AUGCCUUCCUCUAUCUCACCCAUGAGCAUGGCCCUUGGCCUAGUAGUCGUCGGCUCAUUCAUCGCGGCACCAGUCCAAGCCUUACCUGUUGCAGGCGGCAGCCUCGAGGCGACGCCGGCCGUGGCCGUGUCGGUCCACGCAGGCGGAGGUCCAACUGCUUCCGGCCUGGAAAGGUUCCCCUGGGCCACUGGGCACCCAACCCCCAGCGAUUUGGAGAGGAUCGCGACCGUCUCCGCCGCCCCGGUUUCUCUGCAAGAGCUUGAAAAAGAGCCGUGCCUGUUGCCUGAGGGUUGUCCUCCAGACACUCCUACAAAUGAUCACCCUCAUCGGAAACAGUGUUUCUUCAACAUACCUUGGUUUUGUCCUCGUGACAAUCAUCCACAAUGA